AUGGAUUGGUUUUUCAAUCAAGGUAAGCCGGAGGAGGCAAUGGAAUCCUACAGGGAUUUGAUGGAUAGGAAUUAUAGGAUGGUGCCUGCAACUCGGAAUGUGCUUCUAGAGACAUUGUUGAAACGUGAUAGAAAGAAAGAAGCUUGGGAUUUAUUCCACGACAUGUUGGAUGAUCACACACCACCCACAUUCCAGGCUGUGAAUUCAGACACUUUCAAUAUGAUGGUUCACGAGUGCUUUAAGGAAGGGAAGCUCACAGAGGCCAUCGAUUUGUUCAAGAGAGCUGGGAAGGCUGAGAAAUCGAAGCCCUUCUGGAUGGAUGUGGCUGUAUAUAAUAGUAUGAUUACGAGGUUAUGUGAACUUGAGGUGAUGGAGGAAGCAGAGCAGUAUUAUCAGGCUUUGUGCAAUAAAUCACUAGCUCCAGAUGUGAAUACUUACAAGACUCUGAUUGAUGCAUAUAUUAAAGUGGACAAUAUUGAGAAUAUGUUGGAUAAGUAUUCAAAAAUGGUUGAGGCUGGUUUGAGGGUUAUUCCAGCUUAUGCAAAUAAGUGGUUCCUUUUCAUGAUUGAGAAGGAUAAGAGGGGAUUCUAUGCUCCGUUCAAUAUACGGCAAUACGGGGUGGUUUGGGCAUGGGAAUUUUACUAUCAUGCCUACUAG